AUGAUCAACUCUAGUCCAGGUCCGUCGCCCAUUCCAUUCAGUGGCUCGCGAUUGUCUCAGGUCGUACCUGAAGCCCAACGCCGCCCUUCCCCGAUGACACCAUCUGGUCACGAGUCUUCCGGCUCCUUCACGACGUCGCCCACCCCGAUUCGCAUGGUGAACAUUCCCAAGCGCAACAGUGUCGAGGAGCAAUACGUUCUGCCGAGCCUAGUCAAGUCCAAGCCCACCGUCGCCAAGCGUGCCACUCCCAGGAAGCGCUCAAACAAUUGGGGUAGUGAUGACAUCGCUGUCUUGCGCCGCGUGUCCAACCCUAGGCUCCGUGCCGUCCUCACCAGCAGCCGUCUUCCGAGGCCUCGUCAGAAGGCAGCCGGGGAGCUACCUAUCCUCAGAAUGAGCCGCUCCAAGGAAUCCAAGCGCAUGUAA